AUGGGCAAUGGAGUUUUUCGGGUUUCCAGGGUUGAAGAUGUUGUGACUGUCGAUGUGAAGGUUGCCAAAGACCUCCUCAUAUCGGGACAUCGGUACCUUGAUGUCAGGACAACAGAGGAGUUCAUGAGAGGACAUGUUGACAGUGCCUCGAACGUUCCUUACAUGUUAAGCACACAAGAAGGUAAAGUGAAGAACCCAGAAUUUCUCAACCAAGUAUCGUCAGUUUACAAGAAGGAUGAUUUCUUGGUCGUGGCCUGCAAUUCUGGAGGAAGAUCGAUCCGUGCUUGUGUUGAUCUUCUAAAUACAGUUAAGUAA